GGAACAUUUUCAGCCUCUACAGAGGAAACAAUGAGUUCAACACAACAGGAGCAACAUAGACCAAGAAGUCAGUGCUCUCAGGAGGCUGACAAACCUCACAGAAUGAAGGGAGACAAAAAAUACACCUGUGGUCAGUGUGGGAAGCAUUUUACUAGGAAGAUUUCAUUAAAAAAUCAUCAAGUCAUCCACACUGGAGAGAGACCGUUCACCUGUGAGUUUUGUGGAAAUUCUUUUACUCAGAAGAGUAACCUAACAAGUCACCAACUCAUCCACAGUGGAGAGAAACCGUACAGCUGUGAUCAGUGUGGCAGAGCUUUUACUCAAAGUAGCAGCUUACAGAGGCAUCAAGCCACCCAUUCUGGAAUUAAGGCAUACAGCUGUGACUUUUGUGGAAAAUUUUUUAGCCAGCUAGCAUACCGGAAUAGACACCAACGCAUUCACACUGGACAGGAUGUGUACUGCUGUGAUCAGUGCGAAAAACUGUUUACAACAGAUGCAGAUUUACAACAGCACAUGUUUACCCACACUCAGGAGAGACCUUAUCAAUGUGACCUCUGUGAUAAGACUUUUAAAGCUCCACAUUCCCUGAAAGCUCACCAACAGAUCCACAGCAGAAAGAGACUCUACAAGUGCAGUUACUGUGAGAAGCAGAGCGACACAGAUGGAUCCAGUUCUCAACCCUGUCAUCGCUGUGGUGGUGGGAAAGCAUUUCGCUGUGACCUUUGUGGGAAAACCUUCAAUCAUCAGCAGAGCCUACAAAGACAUCAACGUAGACACACUGGACACAAACUGAACCAAUGCAAAGAAUGUGGGAGAAGCUUCCCCACAGCAAGUGAAUUAAAACAGCAUGAACUCUUCCACAGUGGGGUUAAAAAGCACCUCUGUGACCAGUGUGGGUCAUCCUUCACCACUGCAGGUCAGCUUCAAGUGCAUAAACGAGUUCACACAGGAGAGAAACCAUACAAGUGCAGACACUGUGACAAAAGCUUCUCGUGUUCAGGUAGUCGUAACCUUCAUGAAAGUACACACAUGGAAAGGAAACAGUAGUAUUUUGUGGUCAUCCUUGUAUUAUACAGUUAUAGAAAUGUCUGUUAUAUCCAACUGAUACUGCCGCAAAACUUUAUCUAUAAUGAGUACUUGGUUGAGUCAGUGCAGUGCUCUGUUUUAAAUAACCAGCAGCCAUCGAUAACUACAGACAUCAUGUCUCAAAAAAAAUUUCUGUCCAACCCACAUGUCUUGUGAUGGCUUUAGCAAGCUAAUGCUAAAUGCUGUGCUAAUUCAGUGACAGUG